GCUCCGCCAUUUUGUUAUCAGGAAAGCCCGAAGAGGACACCACAUGACUAGAAGGGUUUGUCAUGUGAUUUCUACCGCGUGAUAUAAACAGAGAUACCUCGACAAAACUUGCUCACGUGUGAGAAAAUUCAAGGAAAUAAUUAGAAAAACUGAAAAGAAGAUUAUUCAGGUUUUUUUGCGAACUUAUGACCAGUACAACUUCCUCAUUGUCACAAUCGAACACGCCAUCUUUGCAGAUAAUACAAGGAGGAGUGACAGUUAAAGGGGAGCGUAGAGCUAACUUGAGUGAUCUGAAAGUAGGAACCAUAGACGCCAGCACGAAUUUCUCCGCGGGUGGAGGUUCCUUUGGGACUCAAGAAGAGAGCACCAUAGGUAAUGUAGAUGGUAAUAAAAUUCAGCGCCAGGCCACAGUGAGUUUGGGUCCAACAGCAGGAGGGUCGUUUCAGUAUAGAGGAAGUUCACAAACAGUCUCUGACAAUUCUCAAACAACGUUGAACCUGGCGAAUGAGUCGGCAGCUCAACUUAGGGUCAUGACUGUGCAUUCAGCCGACCCGGGAGGACAAGGAGCUGUAUCUGCACUUAACCCUGUCACCCUAGCAAUAUCGAGUGCCGCCGGAACCCAAGCCAGCCAAGUUCCUCCAGUAUCUGAGGUUGUUGAUAAUAGUGCGGCUGGUGCGGUGGCAGUGACAGUGGACAAUGCUGAUGGUACAAAAUACACUUACUACCCAGCGGUUCAAAACACCGAUUCUGCUGCUCCAGGGCAAUUUUAUGUGAUGAUGUCUCCACAAGACAUGAUUCCAACAGUUUCUGGCACAAAUCAGCAGAGAAUUAUUGCACCAAGAGGACAUCCAAUUACAGCGAUGGGUGAAAGUGCCACAUUUGCGGUGGAAGCUGAUAGUAUUCCUGUAGAAUUCAGAAAAGUUGAAACCACUACAAGGUCUGCAAGAGAUGAAAGAAGACGCGCUACACAUAAUGAGGUUGAGAGGAAGAGAAGGACAAAAAUAAACGCUUGGAUUGAGAAAUUGGCUUGCUUAGUUCCAGAAUGCAAACAAGACCAAACAAAGGCUGGCCAGAGCAAAGGCACAACAUUAUCGAAAGCCAUUGACUAUAUCGAAAAAUUACGGUCUCAGAAUGACAGGCUAGCUGACACACUGAAAGACCACGAGCGACUCCUUGUGGAGAACCAAGUUUUAAGACAGCAGAUGGAUGAACUGCGACGCGAUAAUGCACUAUUAAGAGCAAAUUUGCAUAUGCACCAAGAGCAUCAGGACAUGCAGAGCGACGCACAGCAGAUUGAUGCAGGACAAUGAGAGCAGUCUACUUUGACUUCGAAAAAAAGUUGAUUUCGACUCAGCAUUUGGUCUAAUUUUGCUUCUAAUCUCACUGUUUCUGAUCCCUCCUGUUAGUUUUCACAUACUUUUUUAUGAAUAAUAUAGCAUGAGCAAGUAUUCACACAGUACAAUGGGCUACUUCUAUAGCAAAGCAGAUGAAUACAAUUACAAUUUUCAUCUGUUACAUCGUUGUCUUUUGCAUUCCCAGCCACUGUUCUCUACCAUAGUUUUCGUCAUUUUGAAAACAUUUUCUAAAUUUAAUCUGCUUAGACUGACGGUUUAUUUCUGUACUGAAGAAAUACGAGCACAUUCUGGACUAAAAAUGUGUUUUUUUAUCAUUUUCAAGUUAGCUGGUGAUUUUAUUUUACCUUUUAAUGGGUCUUUUCUUUUACAGUAUGAUGUUCCUUAUUCGUAACCUCUCUCAAACUUUAAAGCUAGAUUUUUACCGAAAUCUAAGUUGAAAUCAUUUUAAGGGGUCGUUUUAUCUAUGUCUGGUGGGUAUAGAUUAGGUAAACUGUUGUUUUUAAGCGUAGUUUCGACGAUCUUUAACUGUAGUAUGAGGACAAGCUAUAUUUAUUUUGUUUCCUUCACUAUUGCAAUGAUUAAAAUGAAUGUUCUAUUCCUGUGGUAUCUUAUCCAAUAAACGUUUGUCAUAUUUCACUAAAUUGUAUAAUUUUUGUAAA